AUUGAGGAAACCUUUGUCUUCCAAUCACGAGGAUAAGUUGUAUUAACCCUGCCUCUUUCCAUCAUCUGGCUCGAAUUAGUAAGAAGAAUCAUGAUUGCUUUGGAUGGCUCUUCUUGUUUGGCCAACACAAAUGACGUAUUCAGGCCUCGGUGCUAUCAUAACAAACCUUGCAUGAUGAACAAGUCCGGUACUAGUAGGAAUCCAGGAAGG